AUGGCAAUGCACACUUGUUUUUACAUCGUAAAAACCCAUGUCUAGUUUUUAUUAUUUUUUUCUUAGGGUCUGCCAUAUGGAGACAAAUGUGAAAGUCAACGGCAGGUUAAUGAAGGUGAUGGUCUCACACGUCGGAGAGCAGCUGAGGCAGGAGGACAAACUUAUGCUUGAGAUCAUCCAGGAGUCCUGUCAGGAUCAGGUCUGUCAGGAUCAGGUCUGCACGGAGACUCCUCCGGCUGUAAUCAGUGGAACGAGCAACAGAUGCGGAGCACCAGAAGGAAAUAAGCAGAAGCAGAGGAACAGCAGGAGUUGGUUGAAAAGACUGUAAAGAAAAACGCAGGAGGAGACGAGUCCGGCAGGACCUGGGAGGUAUGAAACGUCCUUUCAGCCUAUCCUUUCCCCCCAAUCCUGAGCAGGAGUCGGGCGGUGUCGGAACGGGGCCGGUGCAGCAAAUGGAUAUCGAGUCUUGCUACGACGGCGCAGUACCAGAGGGCCGGUCACCGGGGGGCGCCCUGCAUUCUUCCCUCCACAGACCCAAACGGGAGCGGAGGCAGCGCUCUUACACCCUGUGUGAGGUCUGCAACAUCCAGCUGAACUCAGCGGCGCAGGCCCAGAUCCACUACAACGGCAAAUCCCACCAGAAGAGGCUGAAGAAGAUCAGCCGCGGCAAAAUGCCAAGCAGCGCAGGAACAUCUGCCCAGGGCAGCCCCCUCCUCGCCUCUCUCCCAGUCCCAGGAAGACCUCUGCAGCCUCAGCUCAACCUCAAACACCUCCUGCCCUUCAGACUCAAUGGCUCCUCCCCCCUCAGCCUCUUCCCUAACUUCAACGCGAUGGACCCGGUCCAGAAGGCGGUGAUCAAUCACACGUUUGGUGUCCCUCAGCCCCUGAAGAAGAAACAGAUCAUCUCCUGCAACAUUUGCCACCUGCGCUUUAAUUCCACGAACCAAGCAGAGGCCCACUAUAAAGGCCACAAGCAUGCCCGGAAACUGAAAGCCAUGGAGGCCCAGAAGAACCGGCAGCGGCGAGCUGCAGACGCCUCGGCCGCAGGAAGAGAAAGAGAGCGAGGCAAGAUAUCCAGCGAUGCGGCUCUUCCUGCGCCUGCAGAUACGAGCUCAGAGAAGGAAAGCAGCAGUCUUCAGUCUGAUCCAGAACCAGCCAUCCUAGAAGGGAAACUCGACSAGAGUCCCAGGAGCUCGCUCAUGUUGACACCCAUGUCCGAGGUCUCCUCUGUGGACACGGUCACCCUUUCCCCUCCUCAGAUAUCUCCAUCCUUGCAGCUCUCUGAGACGGCGUCCGACAGCGGCGCCCCGGAGGUGGUAGAGGUCACAGAGGUCACAAAGGUUGUGAGUCUGAGCAUCGAGUCCGGCGGUGUCGCGGACUCGUCCGUCACGGAUGGAGAGCCGCGCACAGAUGACAACAAAGAGGCCAAAAAGAGCAAAGCUCACCUUCAUUGUCCUGUUUGCAAAGUCACAGUCAACUCCGUCUCCCAGCUGGAUGCGCACAACAGCGGUACGAAGCACAAACUGAUGCUGGAAGGUCACGUCGUUCUGCCUCGACGCAGGGGGAAAGUGGUGGCAGCUCGAGCCRGCUGCAAGAGCAAGCGGCUCGGCAGCAAAGGCAGCGUCGGCGUGCCCAGCAAGAACUUCCAAUGUGAAGCGUGUGAGAUCUUUGUGAACUCUGAGACCCAACUAAGCCAGCACAUGAACAGCAGACGGCACAAGGAUAGGCUGGCUGGAAAACCACCCAAACCCAAAUUUACCCCCCACAGCAAGAGCCAGCCGAGCUCCGGCUUAACGAACUUGAGGUGGAGCGGCUACGCGGGCGUGGCGGUGACCGCCAUGAAGAAAGCCUUCACCCAGUGCAACCUCACCUCCUUCUCCUCGCAGACCAAACUGGCCUUGCAGAAGCAGCUGACCAAGAGUUUGACAACUGGCUUCCUGCCCAGCCCCCUCACCCCACCAACUCUGUGCACAGUUGCAGCGAACCCGUUGGCUCUGCGCCACCCGGUGGGCACCGCCACCUUCAUCCAGACCCCAUUCCUGGGCCCCGCACUGUUCCGGCCCGCCCCGGGGCCGCUGCGGGCCACGCACACCCCCAUCAUCUUCUCCCCCUACUAAAGGACUUAACCGACCUCCCAGUUAAGCUCCGAACAUAUCCCUUUACCAAACCCGAGGCCCUCYGUUGGUGUAACACAACCAAGGUCACAAGCAAACUAUGCAGUCCGCCUGACUUUAAACAGGAAGAGUGCACAAACGGUUCUCACCAGGCCUCAAGACCUGGGACCUCUUCUUACCGUAAAGGCCAAGAUCCCCCAUCAUGCCUUCUUUCUGCUCCUCUUACACUGACCUCAGGAGCAGAACAGGCCUGCAGACAGUGACUGGCACAAAGAGGCCGCUUUUAUAGCCAUUUUAUGGGUCAACAUGGUUUAAAAUUAUAUAUAUAUAUAAAUAUAUUACUGUGUAAUUUAUUAGACAACCAAUAUAGACAAGUCUAGUUGUAUGUUUAGUGUGGUCGCCACAUAAAAAAAGGUCCCUUUACUUGAUGCUCUUUUUAUGUUUGGAGGUUUGAUGAAAAGUCCUUGUUAAGUCUUUAAAGCAGCUGAACUCAAGCCAUACGCUGCACAAGCCAGUCUCUCUGAUCAGUGUUUCCAGCUUCAGCUGUGUUCUGCAUGAUGUUCCAGACAUCAACUCAUUACAUGUCUUAACUUUAGGCCUCUUGAGGACAAGAAUGGCUCCUUGGUGUAGGUCCCUGUAUGUCAAAACCUACAAAUCCAGCCUUUACCUGGGCGUCCUUACUCCUUACUUAAUAUUUAUCUUGUUCUUUUUUUAAGUUACUGAUUGCAAAGUAUAGAAACAAACAUAAAACAGGGUUUUCCUGAACUUAAUCAAAUCCUGAAAUUUGAAAAAGUGUACUCCAGUUUUCCAGAGACGAUAUGCAAUUCUGAAAUGUAAACAAAGCACUCAGCUAAAUCUGAUGAAAGUUUGAGUCACAUGACUGACCUAUUUAAAGAAAUAUGAUGCCUAAAAUGGAGAAAAUGACUCAAUAUGAAAAAUAUAUUAUGUGGAUUUUGUUUUUUACAUCAAGUUUUUUUGACUGGUCUUCAUGACUYUGCAACAAGUACCUGUAAAGGAGACAUAUCAUGCUUUUAAAUCCUUCUUUUUCACAUUUAAA